AUGAAUGCCGCCGAUUGUUCCGUAAAUAAUAACCCGUUAGUUCAUUUAAAUAAACAUACUCAACAAAAUGAACAUAAUCUACUCCCUCAUAGAGUGGAUUUUGGUCUAGGAUCAUCAAGUACCUUGACAGGUUCCUCUGUGUCAUUAAAAUCUUCUCAAAAUAUAGUAUCAGAGAGGAAUUUAAGGGAAAUUAAUAAUUUUCAAAAUGGUACGAUUAACAACCAGGGUCCCAUGAAAUUCGGUCAAGCACCAAUAGGAACAAUAACUGAACCGACUUGGAAUCCAUCUGGUCUAUUAAACGAACACGUACCACAGCCUCAAUUUUUUGAGAAUGUACCUACCAAAAAAGAAUGGUCUGAUGAAUUUAACACUACAAAUCAUCAAGGAAAUUUAAUGGAUAGACAAACUUCAGGAAGAGUUCUCCAAAAUAAUUUAAAUUCAACUAUGAAUAGUUUCAGAUCUCCAAUGUUUCGAAAUAGACCUCACCAAGAAUAUAGAUCACAUCCUACAUCUACCUUACAACAGAAACCUCAACUAAAUCAAAGACAACAGACGGAGACAGAUUGGGAUCAACAAUUUGGUGAUCUCGAAAGGGAGGUUUCCCAGAAUUUGAAGAUUGAUGAGAACGUGAAAGGAACUCAAGAAGGUACACAGAAGGAAGAGGCGUCUGUAGAUGUGAUGGAUGCUUCUGAAGAUAUUAUUAUUGAUGAUACAUAUCAAGCCGACUUCCAGAAAGUUUGGGAUGAUAUUCAUGCUGAUGGCGAGGAUUUUAUGCCUGACAGAUCGAAGUAUAUGUUGAGUAGAAUGACAGGUAAUCUAAACUAUGAAUUUGAGGACUCUAAAAAUCAAUAUCUAAAUAAUCCAAAUGCUUACAAGAUUGGUUGCAUAUUAAUGGAAAAUGGCGCAAAGUUAAGUGAGGCUGCAAUGGCUUUUGAAGCAGCUGUACAAGAGAAGUCUAACCAUGUGGAUGCAUGGUUAAAACUAGGUUUAGUACAAAUUCAAAAUGAGAAAGAAUUAAAUGGUAUUUGUGCUUUGGAGAAAUGUUUAAAAUUAGAUGGUAAAAAUCUAGAGGCUAUGAAAACCUUAGCAAUUAGUUAUAUCAAUGAAGGUUACGAUAUGAGUGCACUCACUAUAUUAAAUCAAUGGAUCACCACCAAAUAUCCAAAUGUAGACCUUUCCACAGAAAUUUAUAAUGAGAAAACUAGUGUAUUAAUAGAUGAAUCAAUGGAAGAAAAUAUCAAAAUCGGAGAAAAGAUUAAACAGAAAUUUCUGGGUUUAUCUAAACAAUUACCACAAGUAGAUCCUGACGUCGAAUUAUGUUUGGGACUUCUUUAUUAUGCUGAUGAUAAUUAUGAUGUUGCAAUAGAGUGUUUCAAUAGAGCAUUAGAGGCCAAUCCCAAUGAUGAGUUAAUGUGGAAUCGUCUAGGAGCUGCAUUAGCCAAUUCAAAUAGAUCAGAGGAAUCCAUUACGGCAUAUCAUAAAGCUUUAAAUUUAAAACCGUCCUUUGUCAGGGCUCGUUACAACUUGGCAGUAUCAUGUAUGAACAUAGGCUGUUACAAAGAAUCAGCUGAGCAUCUGUUGACUACAUUAUCGAUGCAUGAAAUUGAAGGAGAGAAAUUUAAACAGGACCAUGAUUACAAUAGUUGGAAUAAUGAUAAUAUUAUCGAAACUCUAAAGAGGGUAUUUGUUGCUAUGAAUAGAAAUGACCUUUUAGAGAAAGUUAAACCUGGCAUGGAUUUAAAACAAUUCAAAGGCGAAUUUGCAUUUUAA